UGGUCUACGUUUCGGACUUUUCUUGCUGUUGCAUGAAUGUGUUGGUUGAGUACUGCCUUUGCCUCUAUGCGAACGAGUCUCGUCGCCUUCAUAGUCGCCAAUCGCCAUCCAUUCGUGAAAAGCGAGCCAUCAUCAGUGCAAAGAAAAGCAAGUGUGUGCUUUUCGCGAUUUCGGUGGAGCAAGAAAAGACAUUUUGGAUUUCGUGCGUGUGAUAGCAAGACACCAUUGAAAGUAAAUUUUUCGUUCACUGACUGCUUCGUUGCAAAGAACCGUGCUUGCAUGGCUGGAAUUUAGUGAGUAUAACAGUAAAAAAAACCUUCAUGGCGAAAUUUGUCAGAAUGUUCCGUCGUCUGACUCGCAUAAGAAGAACUUGCUUGAGCCCGCAGUGGAUGCAGAAGUAAGAAAAAGAAGCCCUGGUAGCGCUGCAGUAGCGCAAGAAGUGAAUAAAAAAGAAGAACGUCCGAGGGGGACAGAGUGUAGUGUAGAGAAAAGCAAAUUUUUCUGAGACCCCCAUAUUCUCCACUGAUUUUCCAACACAAACGUACGGUAGUGGCAGAAAUCGCGACCGUGUCGGUCGAAAAAAGUGCGAACAUCGCACAACGGGUGAGUUCGUAUGCGUGCGGUGUCUUUUCCAACGCCCUGCAGCAGUGUGCGUGAGUAAAAACUUCAAAGUCGUCCGAUUGCGAACGUGUGUGCGUGCGAACGAGCGGUGACAUUUUCUUUUUUCUACACACUCAUCGCAGCAGCAAAAUUCGUCGCGAUCGCUCAUCAUCGUCGUCGUCGUUCCAGUGAAGCACUUUUUCAUCUAUUUUUCGAAUUUUGCGGAAAUUACUAUUGAAGAAGAAGAAUCAAGAACCGAGAGAAAAUGUGAGCUACGGAAAAGCGGAAGUGUCUGUGCUGAGUGCAGUGCGCGAAACAUUUUCACAGACAUGAAGAUCUGCCAGCAGCAGAGGAAAUCGGUUCGGGUUUGCCUUUGAGGUGGAUCAGUAGUUUUUUAGAUUAGGAAGUUCUCGUUCUGCUUUCUGGUGUUGCGUUGGAAGAGCCCACGACAAAUUCUCAACAAAAGUGUUUGAAAGAAGCUCUCCCCGGAACUAUUCCUGGAAUAGUCAUCGAGGGAGGACAUUCACACCCUGCAGCAACGGAAAAGUAGUCGGCCCCUGGUGCUGCCAGGAGAAAAAAGUGGCCCAUUUUCUUUCGUUUUUGUCUUUCUCUUGAUUUUGGGAUUCCAAUGUGAAAGCACAGGUGUGUGUUAGUGGGAAAUUUUGACAGCCCCCUUUCGGAGUGCUGUGCGAACAUCAUCCAAUAACCUCGCCGUAAUCGUCUUUCAGUAACGAAGAAAACGAAUAGUAAAACCGAAAGGAAGAGUGGUAAUAGCAAGUGCAAGAAAGAAGCUCCGCUUGUCCGGAUAUAAUUUUUCUUCGCCUCACGUUCGCCAAGAUGGCUCCGUCUCCGGAGCUCGGGGGUCAACCGAAAGCCCCCGAUAAAGCUGGAACGGAAAUUCCCAGUACUGCAACGACGGCCGGUAUCGGAUCGUCCGAAGCAGCUCCAGCUGCUGCUAGUACCAGUAGCAGCAGCAGUGCAUCGCAAAAUUCGUCCGGUGUAAAACAUUCGACUGUACCGACAACUACCACCACAUCUGCGGCGGCAGCAGCAGCAGCGGUGACGGCCGUUUCCGUUUCGGGCGGUUCCGGUGGUUCCUCAACGGCAGCAGGAACCGCGGCUGCUGCAGCCACAUCGCAGCAAACUCCGCAGGACAGUAGCAAGAUCGAUAACAUGGCGGAGAGUGAUCUCAAGGCGCUUCUGGAGGAAGCCAUCACCUACAAACGUCCGAAGGACCGUGAGCACAAAAGUGAAAUGUUCAAUGAACUGCUCAACAAAACCGAAAUGGAAGACCAGGAACAAAAUUUUCCCUUCACAAGUCGUUCUGUGCAAUCCAAGCGUGCCUCGAGUCGGCCCACGCAAGGCGGCUCCCUACAGGACCUCCAGGAGGCAAGUCUGCAUGAUUACUGCUACUCGGAGUUUUCCUUCGCAAACGACUAUUACACAAAUCUGAGCGGGGGGCUGGGAAUGCCGCCUUCCCGGCGGCACCAUGGCAUCGGCAGCUCCGGGGUAAGCUGUGGCCCUGGUGGCGGCGAUCGGGCUAUAAUGAACCCACGACAGAAAAAGUACACCAGCUCGGUAUCGUCCCGGCAACGGGAAGGCGGAAGUCUGCCGAGCAACGUCAACGUGGAAUAUCCGGUGUUCAACGAGGUUGGCCAUCAUCACACAACCGGCACGAUCACCAAAAUCAAAAAGCGCGAGGGUGGUUCGAAGAGCGACUAUAGUGCGAUGUUGCUGACGGCACCGAUGACCAGCGCUGGGGCGGCCGAACUUAUCACCACCGUAGCGGAGGUUGCCGGUGGUACCGGAUUUUCCAGCGGAAUGAAAAAUACCGAAUCUCAGCUGAUUGACGGCUGCGGUGGUGGCAUCGGCGGAAGCCACACCGUCAUCGACAUGGGAGAACUGGAAUCUGACGAAACGCAGCACCUGCUGGCGCACGAUGCGCUGCAACAGAACCUGUACGACUCGGUGUUGGACGAUUUCGAGGGCAACAGCACGGACCUGUACGGAAGCACAUCUAACACCGGGAGCGGCAGUACGACCGGCGGUGCCGGUAGCGGUUGCAGUGCGCUGAAAAAAAUUCCACGCUUCCCGACUGCCAGCUACACUAGUCAUGCCAAGCUGGAAAUUGGCGAACCGUCAUCCACGGUGCGCCCUUCGUCGGUUCAUCACGUCGACAAGACCGUCUCGCUGCCGAUGCUCGAAAGCAACAAGAGCGUCGACAUCACGCCGAUACAGCUCGGAUCCAGCUACCAGGCGGUCAAAUGUAUCGUACCCAGCGACAGCAGCAAGAGCGACCAAGCGAAGCACGUCCUGAUGGGCAUCAGUGCCAACAACACCAAAUACAUUACAACGCAGAGCUUCAAUCAGAUAAUUUCUCAGAAAUAUUUGGACGAGAACGGAAACUCGGUGCAGCAAUUUGGCAGUUCGGCUUCGUCAUCCGCUGGCGGAGGCGGAAGCGGCGCCGGAGGUAAUAGCGGUAGUGGGGCAAGUGGCAAUAACAGUUCAUCGUUGGGUGGAAGCGGUGGCACAGGAACCGGAAGCGCCGGAGGCAAGAAAAGCCGCAAACCGAAAUCCGAUCGGAAUACGGUGCUGGUGAUACCGGAAAACAUCGAAGGUUACCGGGGUAAGGAUACUGACAUUGAGUCAUUGGUUUGCUACAUCGAGAACAAGGACAAACAAAAAGAUGGUAAGGGAAGCGGAGGAGGAGGAGCAGGAAAUGGAACCGGAGGUGGUAGUGGUGGCUCAAAUCCCAAGAACGGAACGCUGUUGAAGGUUGGUGCUAGUGGUAACAGUGCUGGAAAUGGAAACAGCGCUACCGGUGUCGAGAAUGGGCUUCCCGAAGAAAGAGCUUCGAAGAAAAAGGGAGAGAAAAAGAAGGAAAAGGCCAAGCUGAAGAAGAGUAACUCGCUGGAGGAGUUGAGCAGUUGCAGCAGGAAAAAGCAGCAAGCAGAAGAUGAACAACACACGCAACGACAACCGAAUCACUCUGCAGAGCAACAAUCAGUUUCUAGGGUACCGGCGCAGGAAGCAACAGAGCCCAGUGUGGUUACCUUGAGGAACAACAAAGCAAACAAGAAAGGUCAGAACGGCAAUAGCACAGGAUCGUCGUCAGCUUCUUCAACGACCUCAUCGCAAUCUUCGAAGGAUACUUCGGCCAGCACGGCAGCAGGCGGAGGUAAACGCGGUGAACGAAGGUCUUGGGGAACGGAAGAACUUAGUUUCUUGGAAGACAGAAACCAGCUUGGUGCCAACGCGAACGAGAAAUCUGAGGAGAAAGUCUCCUCCAAGAAAGAAAGUAAAAAGGAAGCCAAAGAUAGUGCCGAAGCUGCUAUCCCUACCUUCAAUCUCACCAAAAAGCGCGAUUCCUUACGAAUGUCAGUUGAGUCGUUGUCUGCGGUUAGCGUUAGCGGAACAGCUGAGACGGCCGAGUUUCACGUCGUAACAAAGAAGAAAAAGAUGAAGAAAAAAUCUCAAAGCUUGUUUGCCGAAGAAACAAACACGGGAACUAGCGCCAGUUCAAAUGCCUCCAACAAACGACAUUCGACUGUUGGCCAAAGCUACAGCAUGAGCAGUGCCGGUAGCAGUGGCCGCAACGCAAACAUAACAGGCCGAUACCAGCCUAGUCACAACUUUACGAACGAUCGCGACGUUUACAUGAGCUCACUAGCGAGUAGUGGAAAUGACGUUUCACGAAGGAAAUCCACCUCGUCAAUGCCACCCUCGGAAAAGUCUGACUCCAGUGAUGCCGAAUCGGUGCAGUCGCUUCCAAUCGAGCCCACUCGGAAGCAACAACAGAAGAAUAGUGCUGCAAGUCACCAACCGAAUCGAAACCAAUCGGGAAUGGUUCCACAGUCGUACGCAGAUAUCGCCCGGAUUCCAAACGCCGAUAAACUGAACAACAAUCUGUUAGCAAGUGGCACAAGCAAUAAUACCCCGUCAGCGCUGGACAGUACCAGUGCGGACCGGUGGCCACCGGUACAGGCCACAACCAGUGAAGAUUUAGCUCAAGCUCUUAAGUCACCGUCUGCGUUCCCCGAACUCGUCCCCGAUUCAUCGUCAUCAUCGCUGCCUCAAUCACAACAUCCAAAUCAACAGCAAUGUCAACAGCAACAGCAGCAGCAGUAUGUGAAUAAUAGUGUUAAUAGCGUUAGUAGUAACAAUGUAGGUAACAACAAUAAAGCAACUUACUCGCAAAGUCUCCUGAUAGCGGCAGCGAGUACCAAAGCAACGUCCGCCACAGAGGAGGAAGAUGUGGUCAGACAGCGAGCAGCCAGUGGUAAGCUAGCUGCUGCCAGCAGUGUGAUUAAUGAACCGACUGUUAAUAGCAGUUUUGCCGCCAGUACCAAUAGCAACAAUACUAGCAGUAGUAGCAAUAGCAGUACCAGUAGCAACAGUAGCAGCAGCAAUUCCAAGCUAGCGUUGCACAAAUCAAAGAGCGUAGAUAACACGGACAUCUACUAUUCGAACGAACACUAUCCAGCACUCGAAAAGACUGUCAAGUCAAGCAAGACGGGUCCUUUCCCUGUCGCUUCUGCAAACAGCACGAAUUCGCCGGAUGCGAAAAUCUCUUCCGUUAGCAAAACAGGCCCAGUGGUUGCUACUUCGGCUACCGGACAGUUUCAGAAUUCCCCCGCGUACCCCCCAAGCAUGCCUGCUGUCAACAGCAGCACGAAUCCGAGCAGUUUGACCGGUGCCAAAAAGUCGAAAAAGAAGGACCCAUCGUUCCACGCUGCCUCUGCAUCAAUCACUGCAACCGAAGUUGAAACGAUCAACAAUGCUCGAAACGUUGCAUCCUUCCAGCCUCCGUUGCUGGAUACAAUUAACAAUAAUCCGGUGCUGAUCGAGAAUGUCGAAGAAAACGCUAUCGACUACUCACAGAACAACGGACUGAUGAAUCGAAACACGAAUGGACCGGCCAAUCCUCAGCAGCAGUCUCAUUCGUCUCAGAACGCCCCGAAAACGUAUGCCAGUAACAAUAACAGCAACUUCAAUUCGAUCUCCUCUACAACGUCGAACGUCGUUGUUUCCUCAAAGAAAAACAAGAAGGAGAAAUCUACCUCCCAGUCGAACACACAGCCACAACAAAUCCACGGUCCUCUCAGCCAUCAGUCUGUCCUCGCCCACACUAACGCGGUUGCGAACUCAGGAUCCAACCAUCGUCCAGCAGUGAUAAUCAUGAACGACAACAACGACUCUUCGGGAUCGACGAAGCACGAGUUCACGUUUGGUUUCGACAUCGAUCAGGACCUACUGUUUGGUGACUUCCAAGAAGACGACCUGAACAUGGUUGAUCAACCUCCACUUCAUCCGCAACAACAGCAAUACCACCACCAGUAUCACAACCAGCAGAAUCCUUCCUUACAUCAUUCGCAGCAACAACAACAGCAACCACAACAACAAUCGACUUACCACAACAGCAACGAUCAUAAUGUUCCUUCCCCGACGAGUAACACUUCCGGCCAUUCAGCGGAUUUUGGUUAUGGCUCACUGCAUCAAUCGCUUUCGAUUUCGUCGCCCUCUUCGAGCAGCUCGUCGUCACAACACAGCCAGCAACAACAACAACAACCACCGCCUCCACACCAUCAACAGCAUCAUUAUCACAACCAACCACAGCACCAGCAACAAUCGGACUCAUCCUUCGAAGCAUUGAACAACUCGACUGACCCUGACACUUAUCGGGACAGCAUCGAGCACAAGUUCCACCAACCGCCACCGCCAAUGGUGCUUCCACCGGCACCUCUUUACUCUCAACCACCACCGCAAUUACCCCCGCCUCAUGUGCUGGCCGCUCAUCAACAGCAGCAGCAGCAACAGCAGCACCAACACCAUCACCACCAAUCACGACAACAAGCUCGCCCAGUUAACACGACAAACCACUACAACCUGCCGCCGCCAGUCAUUCCGGGUCCUCAUCACAGCAUACAGCAGCAGCCUCCGUUGCCACUGAAGCAGGACAGUGCAACCAACACGUCACCGGCGAUGGUCAUUUCGCCGAAUACUGCACCGGCCAUCAUGACGGUUCCCCCGCCUCCGUUGCCACCAGUUGCGUCGGCGGGGGUGGCAGCGCCACUCCCGCUGGUUGUUGGUCAACCGCCAGCCACGGUUGUACUUCUGCCACCGGUAGUUAUUUCCGUUAACACGAACAACACCGGUUACGUUAGCAGUCGCAGCAACAGCACCACCAACAGCCCAGCGGCAGCCGUUGUCAGCUGUAACAGCAGCAGCAGCAACGCGAGCAACAACGCAACCAACAAUACCGCUAGUCUCAUCAACCAAUCGACGACCAGCAGUGGCAGCAACAGCAGCAUCAGCUCCAUUGCUUCCCAGCAGGAACCGAAACCGCAGCGGCAGUCCGUCAGUACUGCCACCUGCGGCGGUUCGGCUGUUUCUAUCAUCCGCGAAAAGGUGAAGGAGAUCAAUCUGCGCUUCAUUGCCCCGGAACAGUUGCCGACCAAUCACAACCACGACAAAAUUGUGAAUUUUGUUGGAAUGGCCUGGGAGGACAUCAUCUGCGGAACCAAUGGUAGCGCCAAAUAUUACGACGGACAAUAAGCACCCACACACAUACCCCCACGCUCGGUGAGGCGACGUCGCACCAAUGAAGGAAUGUUGAAGAAAUCGGAUUUGGAGCCUCAACGUAAGCGAUCGCCAAAAAAAAACAAGAAUAAGAAAACAAAAACUUUCCACAGGUCGGCCCGCGACACAAACGCGCGCACUUCGGACUGAAAGUGACGAGAAAACGUGAAUGCCAGAGAAAAAUAAUACCGAAAACAGGUAGCAGGAAGAAAGCAAGACUAAAUCGAGCAGCAACAAGAAUCUAUGUCAUUGUAGGAAUAGAAAAAAAAUGAUUGAAGAAUGAAAAAAAAUCAAACGAUAACUAAUGCCAAGCAUUAACAAAAAAAAACUAUAUUAAACUAAACGAGAUACGCGCGCGUGCCGGGGUAAUAAGAGUGAGUGAGAGCAAGAGUAAAAUCUUCACAAACCUUAGAUGGAGUUUAAAACACUCCCUCUCAUAUAGACACAACACACAGACACACGCCCACACUCAUGCACGCACUCACAAAGAAAAACCGCCCGCACGCAAUUUACGUUCUUGUUUUCUCUGCUUCUCGAAGUGAACUUGAACAUCGUUUCAUUUUUCCUUCGGACAAUAUUCUUAAGUUAAGAAGCCUACCGCCAGCCAGCCAGCUCUGUUUUGUAUAUUACCAAUAGCGAUUGUUAUGGUUGUUGUCCCUACACGUGGACGGACAUAGAAAUGACAAACGAAAAAAAAAUGAAGAAUAUUUACUGGCAAGCAUCAAGUAGCCUGUUCUGUCGUACCCUUCGUGUUUGGUUUGUUUUGUGGCGAAAAAAAAGAACGUUAUUAAAACCAGAAACCAAUCCAACUGUCUGUUGGAUUAAACUGUUGUAUAUUAUCUAAAGGAAAGGCGACACAAGAAACAAACAAGAGAGAAAAAAAACAUGAAUAGAGAGAAACAGAGAACGGUGAGGUUUACUAACUCUAGUUAAACAUUAUUAUCAUUAUUAUCAACAUACUGUUUAUUUUAUUCAAGAUUCUUUAGUUUGUUUUCAGUUUUUUUUAUUGCCUAUUGUUUCGGGAAAAGUUAAGAAUAAAAACCAAAAUGCACGAAAGUGAAAGUGAGUUUGAGUGAAUCGAGAGCGAGCGAACGAGAGAGAGAGAGUCCCAUGUUUUUGAGUAAUAAGUAGUAGGGAAAUGGUACGAAUCAGUUGGUGAAAAUAAAGAAUAUCAGUUUUUUUCUAAACACAUAAAACGAAGGAUAUCAUUACACUUAGUCAUUGUGAAUGUCGCGCCGCAAGAGUACGUGCGUGGGUGUGCGUAUGUGUGCACGGGUGAGUCAAUCGAGUGCGAGUGUGUCUUAACGGUUUAUUAAAAAAAAACUACGGUCGAACAAGAGCGAGAGAACGAGACAGUAAGUUGUCCCAUAACAGUUAAUGUGAUUUUUAGAGUAACUAACUAAUCGAUAGGCGAAGAAACAAAGCAAGAAAAUCUACGCUAGGGCUGCCACAGAAGUUGCGAGCGCGUGCUCCCCCCCUACUGAAGAAGCUGUCCCUCCGGUUAGGUGCCGUGGAGUGGAGGAGGUUGCCCUGCCUAUUCCCGAUGCCACACGCACUGGAGCGGGGAGAAACUAGGGUUUAAAACAUUAAAAAAAAAAACAAGGACUGCUGCAGCUUCAAAACUGUAUCAAAGUUACUGACUGUAUUUAAGAAUAUAUUAAAAGAAGAAAAGAAAAAAAUAAUUUAUAUUUAAAAGAAAUGAGAGGAAAAUAGAAUGCUUACAUAUUUAGUAUCUAAUAGCAAAGAAAAUUAAGAAAUGGAACAGAAACCGACGCUAGGGAUGGUAUGUUGCGCGAUGUUGUUGCGAUAGAAAAAAAACAAAUGAAUGAAAUAAUAAAUCGAGCAAAACAAAAGGACGAUCCAUUAGAUAGUUUCGGAAAAAAUUAAAAGAAUAAAAGCAAGGAUUACCUAUUAAUUUCUAACUAGCCAGCUGUGAAAACAAAACACCGACGUACCAUCGUGUGUGAGUGUGCCCUCUAAAAUCACACAAACACGCGCGAAACCAUCACCAAACUCACACACACAUACGCGUCUUUUCAGCACACAUACCCACACACACACACCAGAAGAAAAACACUCACCCAUCCUCAUCGUUCUUAUCUAUUGUCGUCACAGGUCGCUUAUCAUCAUUGCCAUCGUCGCCAUGGUCAACGCUGCUCAUGUAUUUCAGUGUGUGUAAAAUAAUAUAAUAAAGAGAAAAAAAAACUAGAAGCGGAGCAGAAGCAAAAAAAAAACUUGAAAUCCAGUCGAGAAAAUUGUAUAUUUUUCCUGUUGUUGAUUUCUGCUUAACCCAUGCGAACAACGGCGCAGAUGUGCGUGCGCGCAAGCGCGAGUGUACGAGUAGUCGCAUAGAAUUGUUAUUGUUUCAUCUUUUUCUGCUUCGGGAAAAAGAAGUUAAAAACCAAUAAGCAAAGAAAACAAAACAAAAACAGCAUUUUGGAAAAUGCCCUCCCCCCGAAAACGUGAUGAAAAGCAAAUAAGUUGGCAAGUUGAGAUUCAUCAAUGUUUGUUGGAACGCGAAAAAAAACAGCCAGAAAGAAACGAAAGUUGGGCAGAUGUUUAAUUUAAUCGAGAUCAAAACUGAAUAAAAAAGAAAGAAAACAAAAAAAACGGCAAACGACAAACAAAAGCGCGAAAAAAAUGAAACUUUUGUUAUAUAUUGGAUAAGGUUAGAAUCGCGCGCGAGUGCGACGAGUGAAUUGGCGAGACUUGGGUGCAGUGCUUGGGAAUGGAUGAGAGAGGAAAUGAUUGCACGCGAACUUAUUAGCCGAGCGAAUGAGCACGACGAGGACAGCAUUCAUUGAAAACGGAAGAAGCAAAGAAGGAGAGAAAGAAGUCACACACACACAGUUCAUAGAAAUUUUCUUCUCUUCCUGUUCUAUCAGUAGAGGAAAAAAAACAUAGGCUAGACGCGUACAUGGAUUCGAUUUUGUAGGCAUGUUUUGCGUGCGGAGCGAGGCUGCAAAAUAUUUAAAAUUAAUAAUACGUAGGUGUAUAACAAAUGGCCCCACACUCUUCAGUGGUGGGUAAAUAAAAAAAAGGAAAGAUUUCGCGCAUCCCGAACUUCGGAGUUCGGUGAGGCCUGCGGGCGUUCGAGUUGAACCUAUGUAUGUGUGUGUAUGUGUUUGUGGCACGGCAGUGUAAGCUCUAGUGUUGUGUGGCUGAGAGUGAUGAAUGCAAACGCUUUCAAUGGGCAAUUGUGAUUAACUUAUGUAUAAUAUUGAAGAAAGGUUAGCAUUAACUUUACACGAUAAGGUAAAUAAUUCAUGCAAAAAAUAUUCGAGUGAGCGUGAAGAAAACUAAAAAGUGUGUGCUUGCGCGUGUUGACCAGUUCGUUAAGCCGAAGGCAUUCAAUAUACCUUCAUAAUAAUAAUUGUUGCGCGAAUGCGUGAGACCGUUGUAUUUUUCGAGCCUUGCUGAAUAAGUUAAAACAAUCGGCAAAUUAAAUGAGUGUGUGCGCGAUGCAAGUUGAAUCGGUACAGCAGCGACUGCUUCGUGCGCUAGUAGUGAAUCACAUUCACAGAACACAAACACACACACACAUACAUAUAUGAGAACGAACUAAGUAAAGUAAAAGUGGAGAAACGAUAAACCGGAAGGAAAUAAAAAAGGAAAGAAAGCGUGUUGCAUCAAAAUUAGGGAAAACAAAAAAUUAAAUCAAGAUGAAGUGUAAGGAUGAAGAAUGUUUUUAAUUUAUGUUUGUAAAUUAUUAUUGAGAAAAAGAGAAAAAAAUAAUAAAACAAAAAAAUACCGAAGCAAACGAUUUACUAGU